CCCCUCGUCGACCACCGGCAAGGAUGGUCAGCCCAAGCUCCUGUAUCCAGUGGCGACGCUAGUCCCACCGCCAGCCCCUCCAGGCGGCCUGCCGCCAGCCUUCUCCACAGCCCGGCGGCCACACCCCACCACCGGCAACUCGGCCCACCCGGCCUCCUCAUCCUCCUACUCUUCGGCCUACUCGCAGAUGUUCCUCCCCCCGGGGCAAUCCUUCGAAUUGGACGGGCCGGAGGCCCCCACCGAUGGCCUGGACGCCGGGCACUUCCUCCUGUGGGAUGCUCCCCGAGGCGGCUUGCCCCUGGCUACGGCCGGCCGGCCCCGUGGCCAAUUGCUCACUCUACAGCAGCAGCAGCAGAUUUACCGCCAGCGCAUGGCGGCCGGAGGCGGCUCCGGCGUCCCGGGCAGCGCCUCUGCCGCGGCCUCCGGCGCCGGAACCGCAUCCGGUGCUCCCCAUGACCCGACGAUGCCGGACGUCAAUGACGACGGCAUCACCGAGGGCGACAUCAUCCGCGACUCUUGGAUCUUGGGCAUCGACAAUCGCAAGGAGCAUGCAAUCCGCAAGAAGCGCGCCGAGGCCGAUGCUGCGCGCGUUCGUCUGGAGGCCUCAGCCACGCGGUCCUUUCUCAAGGACUAUGCCCGGCGCCGGGAUUGGGUCUCCCAGUCAAUCCCCUCGACCGUGACAUCCUCGGCCAUGGGCCACAUCGCAGCGGCGGCGGCCGCGCCGGCUCGCUGCUCAGCCUGUGCCACGGCCGCGGCGGCUGGCCAACCGCCCCCCCAGCCGUCCUGCCUAGAGUGCCCACCUGUUGACCCAUCCGCGGCGGCUGCCUCUAUCAGCCCCUCUUCGGCCGGCGGUACAGAGCCCGGCGGGCCGGUCGCCCCGCCGACACCCAUCGCCGAGCCGCCCUCGCGUGUGCUGGCCUUUGGCCGGGUGCGCGUUGGCCCGCUCGGGCCAGGUGCUGCCCAAUCGGUGCCGCCCGAUUUUGGGUCCGCCUUCGCCGCGCCCAGUCCGCACCAGGUGAAGUACUCGAGCCCGGCCACCACCGGCAGCGGCGUCCACCCGCCGGCCGGCGCGGAUCCCGCACUGCCCGCCUCUGAUGGGUUACCACAGCCGGUAACCAUGACCCCGGGCCCUGUUCCUUCUUCCUCCUCCUCAUCCCCCACCGCUGCCAUUGCUGCUGCUGCUGCUGCUGCUGCUGCUGCUCAUGUCGGAGGCGAGGUGGCUCCUGUGCCCCAGGUGGCCGUCACCGAGCCCCCCGUCUUCGAGGGGGUGGGCCCUCGUCCGCUGGUGGCCACGCGUGAUCUGGCCGGGCGCCGAGUGGCCUCCCCCGGUACCAGUAGCAAGCCGGUCAUCACUGUCCGGCAGACUGGCUUCCAAGUGACAUCCACCCCCCUCCCCGGCGCCACGGUGUCCGGGUCCCUGCUUUCUUCCUCGCCCGUCGGGGGGAGGUCUCCUUCCCCGGCGUCUGGCGGUCUGUCCUCGUCACCACUCACGUCCUUUGUCCAGAGUGGGGGGUUUGCCACCAACACCGGUGGUCCCGGGUCCACCGGCGCGCCCGUGCGUGCACACGCUACCCCGGUCUUUUCGCCGCCCCUAUCUCCCUCCACCAGUCCGAUGUCAACAGCGGCCAUCGGCACCGCCACCAUGACCGUCACCACCGCCGCCACUCCCGCCAGUGCCAUCGCGGGUGUUGCCGCGACGACGGCACCGCCAACUGUCAUUGAUGCUGGCCUCGGGAAGGUCGCUUCCUCAUCCGGCCCGAGUGUCCAGCCAUUCCCCCAGGCGGAUGUAGGCCGCCCAACGUCUGCCCUCACGGCCACCAUCCAGGCGAAGUCCACUCGCCAGGACCAGCCAAUCCGCGCGCGCCGGGACUCUGUCAUCAAUGAUAUCCUCAAUCAGCAGUGGCAUCGAGAGUCUGACACCGGCAGCGGACCAUCUCUCUCGCACGCCACUCAAUCCUGACGCCCUUCUUGUAGUAUACCAUCAGGCCUUGGUGACAAUCGUCGCCGAACCAACACCCUUUCCCCCACCUGUCCUUGUUCGAUCUUUUCACAUUGUGGGAGCGCAGCGGCCCAAUUCUGGCGCCCCCUCCCCCUUCCUCCUUCCUCUCCAAUAGAUCCCUCUCCAUGUGUUCAAAA